AUGAACCUCACAGUUGUUGAUAUUACAACAUCCUCUGUUUUACUAAACUGGAUUAAACCGAAUGGUCAGAGCUCCCAUUAUCGUGUAGAAUAUGAAGAUAAGAAUGUGACUACUGAAAACACCUCCAUCAAAAUAAAUGAUCUGACUCCUGGAGCACAGUACACAUUCAAAGUGUUUGCAGUUGCAGCUGAUCAUGUGACCGAUGGAAGAGCCAAUCAGAUUUCACUGUAUACCAAGCCUGACGUCAUAAUGAACCUCACAGCUGUUGAUAUUACAACAUCCUCUGUUUUACUAAACUGGAUUAAACCGAAUGGUCAGAGCUCCCAUUAUCGUGUAGAAUAUGAAGAUAAGAAUGUGACUACUGAAAACACCUCCAUCAAAAUAAAUGAUCUGACUCCUGGAGCACAGUACACAUUUAAAGUGUUUGCAGUUGCAGCUGAUAAUGUGACCGAUGGAAGAGCCAAUCAGAUUUCACUGUAUACCAAGCCAGGUGUGAUCAGCAAUCUCAAAAUUACUGAAAUCACAACAUCAUCUAUGUUUCUGACAUGGAAUGAACCAGAUGGAAAAAGAUCUUUCUUUAAAAUUCAGUGGAUGGGUGAUAAAACAAAUGGAAAUUCAACAACUACAAACACUUCCUAUAACAUCACUGGUCUGACUGCUGGAGUCAAUUACACAUUAAACAUCACAGCUGUUGCAGCAGAUAACUCAACAGAUGGAGAAUCAGUGGUUACCUCAAAAUAUACUAAGCCUGACGUCAUAAUGAACCUCACAGCUGUUGAUAUUACAACAUCCUCUGUUUUACUAAACUGGAUUAAACCGAAUGGUCAAAGCUCCCAUUAUUGUGUAGAGUAUGAAGAUAAGAAUGUGACUACUGAAAACACCACCAUCAAAAUAAAUGAUCUGAUUCCUGGAGCACAGUACACAUUUAAAGUGUUUGCAGUUGCAGCUGAUCAUGUGACUGAGGGAAGAGCCAAUCAGAUUUCACUCUAUACCAAGCCUGACGUCAUAAUGAACCUCACAGCUGUUGAUAUUACAACAUCCUCUGUUUUACUUAACUGGAUUAAACCGAAUGGUCAGAGCUCCCAUUAUCGUGUACAAUAUGAAGAUAAGAAUGUGACUGCUGAAAACACCUCCAUCAAAAUAAAUGAUCUGACUCCUGGAGCACAGUACACAUUCAAACUGUUUGCAGUUGCAGCUGAUAAUGUGACAGAGGGAAGAGCCAAUGAGAUUUCACUGUAUACCAAUUCCCCUCCGACUAACACUCCAAUGAUUGUUGGCAUAGUUUUGGCAGUGCUCUGUUUUCUCUUCAUCAUCACUCUCAUUCUCUUCUUCUAUUCAAGGCGACAAACCAAAAAACAAUGUCCCGACAUUCCUAUACAAACCAUUAGUUACACAUUAUUGUAUAUUUUAUACGUUUUUAUUAUGGUACACAGUAAUAUUGGUUUGAGGAUAGAAGAUUAUGAAGAGUACUUUAAGCAGAAACACAAGGAUUCCAACUGUGGUUUUGCAGAAGAGUAUGAGGAGUUGAAAACUGUUGGAACGGCACAGUCAAAAAACAUUGCCCUGGCUGUUGAAAACAAGCCAAAGAACCGUUACAGCAAUGUGCUACCUUAUGAUGCUUCAAGAGUGAAGUUAUCAGUGUGUGGUAGUCCCUUUGAUGAUUACAUCAAUGCCAACUACAUCCCAGGCUACAAUUCAAGAAAAGAGUUUAUAGCAGCUCAGGGUCCACUGCCCAUCACAGUGAAUGAAUUCUGGAGAAUGGUCUGGGAGAAGAAUGUCUUCACCAUAGUGAUGCUGACCAGAUGCAAUGAGAUGGGACGAGUGAAAUGUGAAAAGUACUGGCCAUCUGGGACUAAUCAUUAUCAAAACAUCUCUGUGACAACCACCUCAGAGAUAGACCUGGAGAGUUGGACCAUAAGAGACUUAAGAAUCAAAAAUUUGAAAACAGCAGAAACUCGCUACGUACGUCAGUUUCACUUCACGGCGUGGCCGGAUCAUGGAGUUCCACAGACUACUGAAGUCCUCAUUGACUUCAGACACCUGGUCAGAGAACACAUGGACCAAUACUCACGCCACUCUCCAACUGUGGUGCAUUGCAGUGCCGGUGUGGGAAGAACAGGGACCUUCAUUGCUAUUGACCACCUGAUCUUCCAGAUCGAAAGAGAGAGCAUGGUGGACAUCUAUGGAAUUGUUAAUGAUAUGCGCAUGCACAGGCCUCUUAUGGUGCAGACUGAGGAGCAGUAUGUUUACCUCCACCAAUGUGCAUAUGACAUAAUUCGAUCAAGAACCGGAACCAAUGUGGACUUAAUUUACCAGAACGUAGAAGCUAUCAGUAUCUAUCAGAAUUUAGAAUAUCAUAAAUCAUAAAUGUCCAUGGCCUCAAGAUGGCCAUUGCCCAACAAUCAGAGAAAUUUAAGACUGCAGACACACACACACACACACACACACACACACACACACACACACACACACACACACACACACAUAUAUAUAUAUAUAUAUAUGCACACAUCACUGGAUGUAAUUCCUUUCUUGAAAUACUCAAAGCUUUUGAGUAAUAUUUGCAUUUUAAUGAAUACAUUUAAAAGGUUACACUGGAAAAAUACAGUAAUUUUCUACGAUAAUAAUUUAAAGUAAACAGCAAGUAAUUGUAUUUAUGAUAUUUCAAUCAGGAGAAUUUCGAUCAAGAGAUCUUUAUUUUUUUAUAUUUAUGUCCUAAAAGACAUAUUUCUAUCAUUUGACAUAAUAUAUUUAAUGCAAUAUCAAACAUCUGUACAUUUUAUUACUGACAUGAUUGGGGGCCUUCUCAGGGUUUAAAAAAAAUGUUUCAAUGUUUAUAUCUUCAAAGCUAUUUAGAAAAAUAUAAUGUAUCAUGCUUUUUUUUUUUUUUUUACACUCGAAGGCACUUCCAAUCUAUCAGUGUACACAAUAAAAAAUGUAAUAUUGUUUGCUGUUAUAGUAAUAAUUAGACAUGAAGAAAAUAGGACGGUUAUGGUACAGUUUAGUAAUUAUGAUGUUGUAGAUUUUGCAGUGUGCAAGAAGCUCAACCUGACCUGCUGUGCUGGAUAUGAGAAUUUUCUUGUGAAUUGUAAUUUAUGUUGCAUUUUGUUUUUAUUCAGUAAGUGUCAGCCUUCUAAUUUGAUAAGACAAGCAGCUUUGCAUGAUUGCUAAUGGCUAACAUAAUCCCAAUUAUGUCUGAAAUGUAAGUAACUGUACAUUAAUGUCCUAUUUACUACACAUUUGUUUAAAAGCAAUCACACUUGCAACUGGGCAGUUAUUAUAGUGAGCACAUCUGGGAUUAGCUGCAACCUUUUUUUCUUAAUUUUAUAAAGCACUGUUUAAGCUAUUUUUACUGUUGAUACCUUUUUAUGAUCAAUACUUGGAAUACUUUUAUUUAAUGUUUUAUUUGUAUUUGAACAACAGUGCACUAGCAUCACUUUCAAACUGGAGACUUGAUGAAAAUCAUUCUCACUUGUUUCUAGCUUCUGUAGCUUUUGUGAACUUAUUUGUGUGUAUGGAUGCUAUUUACAAAACUUAUUUUAUGUAGGAAGUAUCUUUACUGUACCUCUUUUUGUUUUUAUCAAAUGAUGAUCCAUUCUUUGGGAAGCUUCUGAUAAAAUGUCAGAAACAAUGAACACAAUGAAUAACAUAUAAAUGCAUUUUAAGUACUCU